CUGAGCAAGCAGCGGAGAUUGGGAGAGUAACUGUGAGCUGCAGGGUCGAGGAGAAAGCAGCAGCAGCCCGUCUUUCUUAAUCUGUCGCCUCUCGGAUCUCCCCGAGCUGAGCGCAGCUGUCGGGCUGCUGCUGCUGCUUGCUUACUACGGGUGGAUUCUGCGGUCCCGUACACAGCCCACUUUGCCGAACAGCUUCACGCAAAGUCUCCUCAUUUGCCUGCACGUGGUUGAAGGUUUGACGCACUGGACGUGAAACACCCAUGAUCCCCAGCCAGCACACCCUCUCACUAAGAUGGGAAAUGCCUCCGAAACGUAUCUGUUCGUGUCCAGAAUAUCAAAAGACAACGACAUCCUCAUGGGAACACUGUACACCAUUUUUGGUGUGUUGUCCAUGCUGGGAAACGGGAUCCUGCUGUUCGUGGCCUACAGAAAAAAGUCCUCCUUGAAGCCAGCAGAGUUCUUUGUAGUCAACUUGGCCAUCAGCGACCUGCUGAUGACCAUAUCCCUCUUCCCCUUUGCUGUGCCGUCAUCCUACACUCAUAAGUGGCUGUUUAAUAGGACCACCUGCACCGUUUAUGCAUUCUGUGGUGUUUUGUUUGGCCUGUGCAGUCUGACUAACCUCACAGUGCUCUCCUCCGUCUGCUGGCUCAAAGUCUGCUGCCCAAACUAUGGCAACAAGUUCUCCUACUGUCACUCUUGCCUGCUGGUCGCAGGGAUCUGGUGCUAUGCCGCAGUGUUUGCCGUGGGGCCCCUGUCGGGUUGGGGAGAGUACGGGCCCGAGCCGUACGGUACAGCAUGCUGCAUCAACUGGCACGCCCCCAGCCAGAGCGCCUCAGCCAUGAGCUACAUCGUCUGCCUCUUCUUCUUCUGCUACAUCGUGCCCUGCACGGUCAUCUUUCUGUCCUACACGUUCAUCUUGUUGACCGUGAGGGGAUCCCGACAGGCGGUGCAACAGCACAUGUCCCCUCAGAACAAGAUCACUAAUGCACACACACUUAUUAUUAAGCUGUCCGUGGCAGUUUGUAUCGGCUUCCUGACAGCAUGGAGUCCGUAUGCAGUAGUGUCCAUGUGGGCAGCAUUUGGUAAUUCCUCAACAGUGCCACCCAUGGCCUUCGCCCUGGCUGCUAUCUUCGCCAAAUCCUCGACCCUUUAUAAUCCUAUAGUCUAUCUGGUUUUCAAGCCCAACUUCCGCAAGUCCCUCUGUCGAGAUGUGGCCCUGUGCAGAAGGUCACUCUGCGGGUGUCUGUGCCCGUGCGACUCCACACAGAAGGGGACAUGCAGUCAAGCACAUCGCAAAGAAGAGUGCAACUUGACACGGUUGUCCAACGGGCUUCCAAAGAACCAGGGCACAUGCAGACACUGUCCUUGUGCCGAGACCUCUGCUACAAAGGAAAACUGUAUCGACUACAGCCCUCGGCAUACUGCCCGGAUACUGAAAGGGUCGCAACAGAGUGAAGUGGCUGUCAGUCAGCUCUCCAACGAGCAGCAGAGUGACUUCCUUUAGAGUGAAUUUACAGCCUGCGAGAAGGAAAGCCAAUGGAUGACAGACAUUUUCCUGUAGAGCUGCAAAUAUGGCAACAAGUGAAGAAUCCAUUUAUUGAUGGGAAGAACAUAGGGGCGGCAUGGCGUGGUGGCUAGAGCGGCCGUGCCUGAAACCUGAGGGUUGCAGGUUCGUUCCCUGCUUCUUACCAUCCAAAUCUCUGCCGUUGUGUACUUGGGCAGGACACUUCACCCUUUUCCCCCAGUACCGUGUGAAUGAAUGAUGAGUGAUAGGUGGUGGUCGAAGGGCAACCGGCAGCCACACUGCAGUCAGUCUACCCCAGGGCAGCUGUGGCUAUGAAAGUAGCUUACCACCACCAAGUGUGAAUGAAUGAUGGGUUCUCACUUGUCUGUGAAGCGCUUUGAGUGUCUAGAAAAGUGCUGUAUAAAUCUAAUCCGUUAUUAUUAUUACAAACAUAUCGGUGAAUAUCUUACGCCUCAAAUAUGUGAUACUGCCAAAAACACAUGAGAACAAUAUCAUACAACAAUCAACAUGCAACCAGAUCAAUGGUAAAUCAGGUAAACAUGCAAGUCUGAUCGGAUAAACUCUAAAGGGGACUUUUUAUGAACUAUCUUUAAUGUAUUUAUUAUGAAUACUGUGUUGGUUUUAUAUAUUUAUUGAUGCAUGCCUCAAAGUGGAGGACCACAUUGUUUUCAUUAUUUAAAUAGAAAAUAUUAAUCUUUGCUGCAUUGGUUUCAAGGUUUCACCGCUUAGUAAUUUGAGGGAAAGAAAGAAGCACCAUGGGUGUUGACGGUAUUGUGAAUAAUGUAUCUCUAUGACACGUGAGUUCUAUUCUCUGUGUACUCAAUAGGAAGACCUCAGGACAAAAGAAACAUUUACAGUAAGAUUCAUGUCUCAAAAAUGUACAUUUUUAUAUAAGGUACAUGUCUUGAAUUGUACAAAAGAUGCAUUGCACUGUGACUACAAGUUGUUGAAUAGUAAUGGAUGAUCAAGUGUUUGGGUUUUCUUGGAAGAAUAACAAAGGCACAUAGAGUAUGAAAAUCUUAGUAAUAUUUCUUCCAGAAACUUAUCACUGUGUGUCCUUUAUAAAUGGAAUUUUGAAGGUAUGUUAAAUGUUCAUAAACAAAGAGCUGGCUCUUUUCUGAGAACUGUAAUGACAAGUGACAUACCUGGUUAUCAAACAAUCCUGCAAAAUUAAGACAGAACAAGAGAGCAGGUGCGGAUACACUUACAAUCUCAAUGUUCAUUCUAUAAGUUAUCUAUUUUUUAAAAGUCUGAAUGGAACUGAAUGAAGUGUAGACAUUUACAGAACUUAUAACAUUAAUUUACGGAACUUUUUAAGUUCAACAUACAGUAUAUUGAACAUAAAAAUAGUAAAAAUCAUGUUUUGUGUUGAACUAACUUUCUUUGAUGGUCCAGAUGUGUUGAAAAUUAAUUACUUUAUAGGAAUGUGUGUGUGUGUGUGUGUGUGUGUGUGUGUGUGUGUGUUUUUGUGUGUGUGUGUGAGUGAGAGAGAGAGAGGGAUAAACAGAUGUAGGUGUACAGUAUGAUCAUUUUCAAGGCAUUAAAACAAAAAAGGAGAGGUUGUCUUUCUCUGCAUGCAUUCAGGCAAUUUGCUUUCAUCACCUCCCAAAGCUGAGCAGGACUUGAGUGAAAUAAUUGUUGUAAUAAGAACGAUGAGAUUCGGGCCCCGACGUCAGGGCCACAUUGGGGCCUGUGCACGUUUACAUUAGAGUCUGAUAAAAAAAAAUCACAUUUUUCUUGCAGUGUAAACAGUCAGCUGGAAAAAAUCAGAUCUAAAAAAAAAAUCUGAUUUGGGCCACUUUGGCCUGCAAAACAGUCUUAUUGUCAUCACCAACAGAACUUAAUUAAUGCCAUUAACUUUUAAAUGAUAACAUGUUGGUAUCCAUGUUUCCCAAAGCUCACCAUGACGCAACUGUACCACCAACAUGCUUAACUGUAGGCAAGACACACCUAUCAUGGCAUUCACUUUUGUUGCCAGCUUUUCAAACAAUAUUGUCUGUGUGUUGAGUUAUUUUCAGAGGAUGAUAUAGUAAUAUAUAAAGCUGUACACUGACAAAUGUACACGCAAGUUUUAUUUCUAUAGUAUCGACCCUUUCAUAAUAUAAACUGUUGAGUGUAAAUACUGUAAAAUUGAUGUUGUUACAUAUUUGUGCAAUCACAAAUUAUUUAUUGUUUUGCCCUAGCAUUGAUUUAUCAGUCUAUAACUAACCCAAAAUGCAAAUUCUCUUCUGCAUAUUUUGGUUUUAUUACUCCCCAGAUAACCAAUUUCCUUUGCCGUGAACAUUAGUUUGUGGUUUUUUGCUUUUGUCUAAAUAGUCCUGUCUUGCGUAAAAUGAAAGGGACGCCAAUUCGCAGAAAGUUGCAAAGAUCAAAGCAAAUUAGUUUGACAAAGGAGAGCAGAACAAUUCAGAAAUUUAACAAUUCAGCAAAAAAAAAACAAUCGAAUUAUACAGAUUGUUUGAAGGCGCAGUGAGAUUCAUUAAAAGACUCAUGAUAUUAAGGAACCAAAGGGUUACAGUCAUAUUAGUUGCAUGUGAUCACACUCAUACAUACCAAGACGGUAUAUGAAUGCACAAACCAGGAAACGUAACGGGUUUGUGUUGUCUUUUCUAUUUUAUUCUUCUCCAGGAAUACGUCAGCACUUUGACUUUAACAGUGUUUACAGCUUCAGUUUUGGAGAACCUAUUUAUUUUGCUGCAGCUGAGUCAAUUAGAUUUCAGCUCAAUUGACAGGCAAGUGACGGAUGGAGGGACUUAAGAAAAAUAUCCACAUUUAUUAUAAAGAUCAUAAUUCAAUAGUUUUAUCCAAGGUGUAUGAUAGAUUUAUUUUAAUAUUUAACGUGUAUCGCAGAAUGUAUUUUUAGCUCUUAAGACUGGCUAUUGCUUGUAUUCCCAUAAGUGAUUUCUUCCCGGAAGUGAAAAUCAAUGGUGGUCAACCAAGCUAAGAAGGCUGUUUUACAGCAAGCAGCAUGCACACUAUCUGAGUACACAAUAAGCUUAUAUCUUUCUGCAAAAAGCAAGUAAGAGCAAAAAAAUCCAACUAUGCAAUGGAAUAAAUCCCUAUAUUUUAUUAAAAAAUAAAAGAUGUGUCGAGUGAUAAAGGAUUAUUCGUCAGUGCAGUUCCUAACGAUAAUGAAUUAUCGUGUGCUUCAGACGCCAUUCAACGCAACAAAACAGAUGAAAACUUGGAAAAGCAUGGAGGUUUACAACUUCUUUGUGUGUGGCUGUGUCAAGAAAAUUAGUAUCGAGACUCUCCUGGACAAUUAUGCCUCGUUUUAGCUUGGGUAAGGUUGCAAGUCAUGAUUUAAUAAACGAAAUUGAUUAAUUGAUUGAUUUAAUGUCGUGUCUACAGUCAUGUUUGUUGCCUACCCUUGCUGUUGCAUGAGUUGUUUAUGAUUGUACGUGUUUUUACCCAUUUUUAUCUAAAUAUAUCCAUUGAUGUCAACAUUCAGUAUGAGCUGAAAGCAUCAUUUAAAAUUGUUUGGGUAAAAGCUAAACUCUAUUAGGUUUAUUUUAUUUAGACUCACCGUGUUGGUGCUUUUCAUAGCAAAAAUAUGUCUUAAGAAAUACGAAUAAUAUCAGGAUAAUACUUAAAUGGGAAACACUAAACAUUAAAAGUAUAUCAUACAAACCUUCAAUGGAGUUGUCACUGCAAACUUGUGCAUUCUUCGGCCUUGCUACCUUGUACUGGGGUGCGUGAUACUUUUGUCAUAUUUUUUCAUGAAAUCUUGAACUCAUUCUGGAUAACCUCUCGAGGAACUAAGAAGAAACGUUUAUCCUUUUUGCGAUUCAAACGGCUAACACAGCCGAAAACAACGCAAGCGUAGGGCUUUUUGUCUUUGAGAAAUGCUAAAUAAUGGCUUGUAUCCAUUAAGGACAGACGCUGGCUUUACCACCACGUGUAUUCAAUAAGCCGGAGGUGACGUCAUUUUGAAUCCAAGCAAUGGCUAUUCUGUAAAUUAAUUAUUGAAAUUUGAGUUCAAACUUGUGUUUCUGAAUGCAGCUUGUCCUGCAUCUAUAAGUCAUUUGUUGUCGCACAAACAAGCACUGUGUCAACACUUAAAUACGUUAAAUAUGCUACUUUACUCCUUCACCUUUUCUGUCAAAUACUGAUAUAGAUCAUUUGUUGAGGCAUAACGAUAACCUUUGUCAUAAUUUACAAUGCAAUUUAACAAUUAUAUGUUCAGUGAUGUAUGUUGUAACUUUGUGCAAAACAAACCAAAAAAACUGAAGUAAUCGUCAUGGAUCCACUAACUGCAGAAGCUAGCUCUCCAAUCAACUAAACAGACUCAAUAACUGACGUUUUGGUACAUUUAUGAAACUGUAACAGUACAAAAAAAAAUGUAAUUGUAAGUUAGUAGUGCGGACGUUGUACCGAUCUGUUGUGGUAAAGAAGGAGCUGAGCCGGAAGGCAAAGCUCUCAAUUUACCGGUCGAUCUACGUUCUCAUCCUCACCUAUGGUCAUGAGCUCUGGGUCAUGACCGAAAGGAUAAGAUCACGGGUACAAGCGGCCAAAAUUAGUUUCCUCCGCCAUAGAGAUAGGGUGAGAAGCUCAAAGAAACUCAAAAGUAAAGCCGCUGCUCCUUCACAUCGAGAGGAGCCACCCGAACGCCUCCCUAGGGAGGUGUUUAGGGCACGUCCAACUGGUAGGAGGCCACGGGGAAGACCCAGGACACGUUGGGAAGACUAUGUCCCCCGGCUAGGCGAAGUGGCUAGGGAGAGGGAAGUCUGGGCUUCCCUGCUUAGGCUGCUGCCCCCGCGACCCAACCUCGGAAAAGCGGAAGAAGAUGGAUGGAAGUUAGUAGUACUAACACAGACACUUGUAAACGUGUUAGCAUAUUCUCUAAUGCUAACGACGCUAGCUUGAUUACAUUACGAUAGCAUGUACAAAUAUUCAUGAAGUCACUCCUGCAGACAUCACACAUUGGACGGUUUGGUAAGUAGUUUUGCUGGUAGUUACUGUAUGUUGUCAAACUUACAAACGUUGCUUGGAGUGAGGAAGAAGUAGGAAUGCUGUGGACGGUUUUACUUCCGGUUUAAAGCAGUAACAGGAAGUACAUUUUCAUCUGGCAGUACCUGCAGUGUGCUGACUCGUCCAAAACAUGGCGCCAGAGCAAAAACAAUAACGCACCUUUUCAGUGUCUUUCCCAGCGUACAUGAAUACUACUUAUUUAGCCAAGAAAAGUCCAUAAAUUAGCCACAGUUUUAUAAGCCACAGGAUUCAAACCAUAGGAAAAAGUAGUGGUUUAAAGUCUGUGAAGUACAGUACAUAUAUUUGAAAAUGCCCUCAGUUUUUAAGGCACAAACAAAGCUGAAUGGGAUGUGUUGUAAAUACUUAACAUGUUUGUAUGUUGAAAAUAUGUAUAUCAACAGUGUUUCAGAAUGUUGAACUUAUUUUUUAUGUAAAUAAGUGAAGUUUAAUUUGCUAUGUAAAAAAGACAUUUCACAUUUUAAAAAAGAGCUAUGUGAGAAAAGUAUCAGAUAUCUAUUUAUGGACAUCUCAUUUGUUUGGGGUGCAACUGACAUAUAAAUAAAAUAUA